GGCUUCCAUUCAUAAAUACCGUACAGCCUUUCCACCAUCUCCCGCAUUAAACGACGAACUUUAGCAGUUUACGUUCAUGUUUUUGCACGUCCUGGUUGGAUAAAGCAGGUAAAGCAGCCAUGCAUGCAGCCAUGCUGUCCUGUUGCUCCGAGGCCACUGGGCCGCUGCUGAGCUGAGCUGAGCUGAAGGGGGUUGGAGGCAAUUCAGUCAUCUUUUGCUCGUACCGAGGAUGCACCGAGGGAGCUGAGGCGGAUUCUCUCAAGCUGCACACACACAAGCUCGCCUGACACACACAUCAAGAGCUGUUGCUGCUGUUACUGCUGAUGCGCAUUGCCCACCAUCAGGGGGGGACUCCAUAGUUGACCUGGACCAUGAGCUAUGAGUCUACCGUUUGGAACAUCCCACCAGAAAACUCCACAGAGGUACCACCACAGGCGGAGGAGCAGCAAGAUGGCUACGUGUUUCUUCUGGUGAUCCUCGCCAUCGUCCUGGUGGGGACGUUAAUCUUUGUCUCCAUCCUCCUCAUCACCUGCCGCCGUUGCUGUCGAGGAGGUCAAUGUUGCGCCAGUAGCAGCGAUGAUGCUGGGAAAACCAACGCCACAUACACGGAGGAGUCUCAGCCCACCCAUGAAAUCACCAUUAGGGUGGACGAGUCCGACUGCCUGUCCAUGGCCAGCUCCCACGAUCAAGAGACGGAACGCUUCCUCUCUACUGGCACCAUGGGCCGGCGCGUCUCCUUUAAUGAGGCGGCACUCUUCGAUCACGGCAAGAAGCCCCAAGAGAAGGGUCGAAGAUACACACUGACUGAGGGUGACUUUCACCACCUAAAGAACGCGCGGCUCACACACCUCCACAUCCCGCCCCCGGCGCUGAAGAUAGUCACCAUCCAUGAGUGCGACUCGGCCGAGAACACAAUCACCAUGACAACGCGCCCCGUUGCCAAGUCAGCACUUUCCAUCUUCCAGCCAAUGCUGUGCCCCUUGCCUCAAACUGCACUGACCAGCUUAAGCGCCAAUUCCAGUUGUGCACUCCCAGGAGAUGCCCUCAACUCAACUGUUGUGGGCACCAGCUUCAGUGCAAAAACUACUGCGAAGACAAAUGGAAGCUCUAUGGAGAUGAUACCAGUAGGGACCCGGGACCAAGGCUGCAAUGUCAGUGCAGGAGAAGGGGUCGCACCCCUGAGCGGUGUCCCUCCUGGAGGCAGCAGUACAGCCAGCCAGGGUCCAGUGCAGCAGUUCUUUACCAAACUGCGGCGCCACGCCAGUCUGGAAGGAGCCAGUCCCUAUUUCAAAAUAAAAAAAUGGAAGCUGGAUAGCAGCCACAGGGCUUCAAGUCUGGACAUGAGAGGCUCUCCAAAGAGGAGGCAGUUUCAGCGCCAGCGUGCCGCCAGUGAGAGCAUGGACCAGGACAAUAAUGACACGCACCACAUUGACCUCAUCCAGUACAUCGCCCGCACCCAAGACAUCGCCUACUGUCCUGGCCGUACUGUGCUGUCAUCCGCAUCUGCACCACCCCCUUCCCUCGGCAGGGUGGAGGUAGAAGUGAUGGUGGAGCCCAGCUGUAGCCAAACUGGAGCAGGGCUGCUUGGCUUGUCACCUGAUCCCCAAGAUGAUGUGCUUUUUCUGGAAAAGAGGGAAAGUGCAGAGCCUCUCGAUCUCCAGGAUCCCCAGACACUUUACAGAGACAUUUGGACCUUACGUGCAUCACUAGAACAAUAUGCUGCUUCUGACCAAAGCAGCAACAACGACAGGAACUCAGUCUGCAGUGAUGCUGACAGUGUGUGUACAGAAAAAGAAAGAGAGAGGCUCCAAAGCUACUCAUCCCAGGAUUUAGGGGACGAGCUAGAGGGAGACAAGGAGUUUUUGGCUUACCUGGAUGAGACUUCAGGAGCGAAGUGCGUAAGAAGUAGAAAACAACAAAGUACAGAAUCAGAGCGAGGUGGGACCUACAGUGAAACAGGGACUCGUAAAUUGCUGCAAAUGGAUAGUGGUUAUGCAUCUAUUGAGGCCCCCUACCGUGGUCCGGAAGAGUUGCGAAUGUUCGGAAGCACCAGCCCAAAGGAAAGAACUGCCCAUGAAAAAAGGCACCGCUUCACCAAGGGAGGAAAAUCAUGCACAAUUGGCGAGAGCUUUGAGUCUCACCUCUAUGAGGAGGAGCCAGAUGAUCUCUUGCUGGGCGCCACUGGUGGAGUUUCUGCAGAAACUAGUGUUGGUCAGCAAAGUGGGUUUCCAUACGGCCAGCUGCUCAUUCCUCGGGAGGCCUCACAAUCUUCCAGUCAACCGCAGACCCUACACCGGAGAGACUACAGCAUUGAUGAGAAAACUGAUGCACUCUUCCAUGAGUUUCUUCGUCAUGACCCUCAGUUUGAUCAGCAGGAGUCGCCAUUAAGAAAGUACCGGUCUCGAAUCCACCUGCGCAAACAGUGGCAGCGGCACAAGCAGUGGAGUGAUCCUGGUGUCAGACACUUCCAUUCUUCCUUUGAGAGACACCGAACUCCCCUACGGAGGGGUGACAGUGUGAACUGCCCCCUUGACACGAGCUAUCACAGCACGCUCCCUCGCAUUGUCAGCACGCCAGAUGAGGAAACCACCGAUGCCCCAGAAACUCCAAAGGUAAAACCUAUGACGGAGGAUUUCGGAAAGGAAAAAGACCAGAGCGAGAGUCAGAUAAACGACGAAGGUUUAAGUCAACACCUGGAACUUCCAGAGGACAGCAAACAACCCGAACUCCUCUUAGAAUAUCUGGAUGAACGAUCACCCCUUCAUCCACCUGACUCCUUGGGCUCUGGCCCACAAACCAUCACUGCAGAACUAACAGACAAACUGACUGCUAAUCUAGACGAGACACUAUACAUGAGAAUUCGAAGGACCAAGGACACAGCAGAGUGUUUGACGGUGGCGGCGACACAUGCUUCUCCAGACCACAGA